AUUUCCCUGUGGUCCCUCUUGGUGACUCUGGUGAUCCUGUUCAUCCUGACCGGGACCAUGCUGGGCCCAGACCUGAUGGCACAUAUUCCUGCGUCUGUCUAUGCCAUUGCGGUGCUGAUGCCUCUAGCGGGGUAUGCCUUGGGAUAUGGCUUAGCCACGGUCUUUAAAAUGCCCCCACACUGCAGGAGAACAGUGUCUUUGGAAACAGGGUGCCAAAACGUCCAGCUCUGCACCGCCAUCCUAAAACUCACCUUCCCCCCAGAGCUCAUAGGGAGCAUGUACAUGUUUCCCUUGCUUUACGCGCUUUUUCAGUCGGCAGAAGCGGGACUCUUUGUGCUGGUGUACAAGAUGUACGGGAGAGACAGCUACAAACAAGAUACACUCGGUGAAGAGGAAGACACGGAUAUUUCCUACAAGAAACUGAAGGAAGAGGAGGUGGCUGAUACUUCGUACGGCACAGUGACCACAGAGGAGCACAACUCCGCUGAGAUGGAGCUGACACAGACGGCGCUUUAG